AUGGCUGCGGUGCAGGUAGUCGGCUCGUUCCCUUGUGGGGCGCCGCCGGAGGCGCCGCGGGAACCCCCACCUGAAGUGGGGAGUGGGUUCCGCCGUCUGUCAGCCAGGCUCCGCGCGCUGCGCCCGGACGACAGUAGCUUCGCCCGCACCGAGAUCCAUUUGCUCUUCGACCAGCUCAUCUCCGAGAACUACAGCGAGGACGAAGGCGUGAACUCGGAGGAUGUCAGUGCUCUUCUAGUCCAAGCUUGCCGACUGGUGCCUCUCCAUCAGAAUCACCUUGUCAGCAAAGUGUCUAAACUUAUUCAUCAUUUACUUAACAGACUACAGGUGAUUGUUGAUGAACAGAACCUGGAUUUCCUGUUGGCAUAUACUAUCUCUGCUAUUCAGCAAUGCAGUGCCUGGACACACAUGGAAAUUCUUCAAGCGCUGGCGGCUCUAGUUUACUGCAAUGGCUCAAAAUGUCAAAAGUACCUCCCAGACUUGGUCGGCAAGACUGGACUCUUGGUGAAAUUGAGUGAUCCCACUCAGCCUGACCUAGAAGUGAGGAGGGCUGCAGUGCAUUGUAUGGCAAACUUGUGUCUCAGUGUGCCAGGUCAACCAUGCUUAGAGGAACACUACCAAAAUACCUGCUUCCAGGCGUUCUUGACCACUUUACAGUCUCUAAAGUCACCUGACAUGGACGAUAUCACAUUUUGUAUGUUGUUACAAAAUGCAUUAAAAGGUAUACAGUCACUUUUAAAUGGUGGGAAGAUGAAACUGACAGAGCCUGAAGACCUUGGAGCUCUUCUGGCUGUGCUAAAGAAAUCCAUGUUUCAUGGGCUCCCUGGACUAAACAUAGAGAUGCCUACAGUAUUAUACCCCACUCUGCUUCCCCAGUAUGAUGGGCGACCGCCUGCCACACCACAGCAGUCAGAAUCCUGCACAUCCCGGCCAAAUGUGAACAAAAAGAAAAAAGCAAAAGUAAAAUCCAAGAAAGUCCAACAAGGAGAGGAAGAGGAAGAAGACUCCAGUGGUGACGUAGAGGCAGCACCAGCCACAGGCAGAGCGAACCUUCAUAGAGGGCGUACUCAGUGUCCCUCUUCUCUGGGUGCCCAGAGUUUGCCAUUAGAUGCAAGUGGAGCCGCAGGAAAAGAUCACGUCUUCUCACCAUUCAGUUCUUCCAGUUGGAAAAGAGUCAGCAGUAGUGAAUCAGACUAUUCUGAUGCUGAAGGAGGCAUGCAGAGUAAAAUGAGGUCUUACCAAGCCAAAGUUCGCCAAGGAGCAUUAGCUUGUUUUCUUUCUACUAUAAAAUCAAUGGAAAAAAAAGUUCUUUAUGGCUACUGGUCUGCCUUUGUUCCUGAUACACCUGAACUUGGAAGCCCACAGUCUGUGUCCUUGAUGACUCUUACAUUAAAAGACCCAUCUCCAAAGACCCGCGCCUGUGCUCUGCAGGUUUUGUCAGCCAUCUUGGAAGGCUCAAAGCAGUUUCUGUCUGUUGCUGAAGAUACCAGUGACCACAGAAGGGCUUUUACUCCCUUCUCUGUGAUGAUCGCAUCCAGCAUUAAAGAGCUGCACAGGUGUCUUUUGUUAGCUUUGGUAGCAGAAUCGUCUUCACAAACUCUUACUCAGAUAAUUAAGUGCCUUGCAAAUUUAGUAUCAAAUGCACCUUACAAUCGUCUGAAACUCAGCCUUUUGACCAAAGUCUGGAACCAGAUAAAGCCUUAUAUCCGCCACAAAGAUGUUAAUGUUCGUGUAUCAAGUCUUACACUCUUAGGAGCUAUAGUUUCUACUCAUGCACCUUUACCUGAAGUUCAGCUGCUUUUACAGCAGCCUUGUUCUUCUGGACUCAGUAAUAGCAAUUCAGCAACUCCUCAUCUGAGCCCUCCUGAUUUGUGGAAGAAAGCUCCGUGGGGACCCUCUGUAGAAGAGACCACCAUGCACUCCCCCAGGGGCUCGUCUGAGCCCUGCUGGCUCAUUCGCCUUUGCAUUUCCAUUGUUGUACUGCCCAAGGAGGAUUCCUGCUCAGGUUGCGAGGCUGGCUGUGCAGCAGCUGGGCUCUAUGAACCGUCCCCCAUGCGACUGGAGGCCUUACAGGUACUGGCGCAUCUGGCAAGGGGUUACUUUUCAAUGGCUCAGACCUACUUGGUGGAGCUUGGAGAGGUGAUUUGCAAGUGCAUGGGAGAAGCAGAUCCAUCCAUUCAGCUUCAUGGAGCAAAGCUUCUGGAAGAAUUGGGUACAGGAAUAAUACAACAGUAUAAACCAGACUCUGCCACAGCACCUGAUCAGAGAGUGCCAGUCUCUUUGGUGGUGACAUUCUGGAUGAUGAUGCUCAACGGCCCUUUGCCCAGAGCCCUCCAGAACUCCGAGCACCCGACCCUGCAAGCGAGUGCCUGUGACGCGCUGUCUUCCAUCUUGCCAGAGGCCUUCAGUGUUCUGCCGAAUGACCGGCAGAUCCUGUGCAUCACAAUAUUGCUCGGACUGAAUGACAGUAAGAACCGUUUGGUGAAAGCUGCAACCUCACGGGCCCUUGGAGUCUACGUGCUUUUUCCUUGUCUCAGACAGGAUGUCCUGUUUGUUGCAGAUACUGCAAAUGCAAUACUGAUGUCACUUCAAGACAAGUCCUUGAAUGUCCGAGUCAAAGCAGCCUGGUCCCUGGGAAACUUGACGGACACUCUGAUUGUCAACAUGGAAACACCAGACCCAAGUUUCCAGGAGGAGUUCUCUGGUCUCCUGCUCUUAAAAAUGCUGCGAUCAGCAAUAGAGGCGUCCAAGGAUAAAGAUAAGGUAAAAAGCAAUGCUGUCCGGGCCCUUGGGAAUUUGCUUCAUUUUCUACAGCCAUCUCAUAUAGAAAAACCCAAGUUUACCGAAAUCAUCGAAGAGUCUAUCCAGGCCCUCAUUUCUACUGUUCUAGCUGAAGCUGCCAUGAAAGUCCGAUGGAAUGCUUGUUAUGCAAUGGGAAACGUAUUUAAAAAUCCUGCUCUUCCAUUAGGAACAGCCCCAUGGACCUCCCAGGCCUACGAUGCCCUGACAUCCGUUGUAACCUCAUGUAAGAACUUCAAAGUACGCAUCAAAUCUGCCACCGCUCUCUCCAUCCCAGGCAAGAGAGAGCAGUAUGGGUCCACUGAGCAGUACACUCAGAUCUGGAACGCACUGGUCACCGCCUUACGAAAGAGCGAAGACACCACAGACUUUUUGGAGUUCAAGUAUUGUGCCAGCCUCCGGACCCAAAUCUGCCAGGCACUGAUUCAUCUCUUGAGUUUGGCCAGCACCUCAGAUUUGCCCUGCAUCAAAGAAGCCCUUGAACAGAACAGGGACAUGAUCCGUUCCUUUAUCCUGCAGUUUUUAAAGUCAGGAGCUGAAGGUGAUGACACCGGACCACCCCACAGCCCACAAGAGAGAGGCCAGAUGGUCAGAGCGGCCCUGGAGCAUAUAGGCAGCAUCCAGGCACCAACUGGUGACACAGCCAAAAGAGCUAUCAGGGGCUUCUUAGACGAUAUCCUGACUGACUUUAGGCCAGCUGGAUCACAAGUGGCACCCUUUGGAGUAGCAGGUCAUUGGACAUCCAUCAUAUUUUACAAAUGGAACCAGGUUGACACCAGGGAGACACACAUUUGAGCAGCUGAUAUGUGGGGUUGCAUCGUAGGGGCAAAAGCAAUCUACCUACUAAUUAUUUAGAAUGACUUAGCAGUUACUUAAGGGUUUCUCAAAGGGCUCAGCUACUUUCUUGCAUAGUCAUGAUCUGGGUUGUUGGAAUCUCUGACCUGUUUCACCACCAGCUAAGGAGCCAGCUUGUAUAGUGCAUGCAGACCAGGGAUGCUGUGUUUGAAGGGUGUUUAGCCUCAGAAAAAAA